GUCGGACCUGGCUGCGUGUGCACACGACAGUAAUGUCUUUGAUUGUCAACCCGUACCUUGAAGAAUCAUCUUCGAAAGUGCGCUCCAAGCCUAUUCCAUGGGAGGGUUAUCAACGUGCGGGGCUGAUAACGCCUGCUGAAUUAGCUGCAAUCAAGAAGGUCGACAGGCAGCCAAGGAGCAGGAUUGAAUCUAUCUUGGUCAACGAGGGUGCACAAUACGCUGCUCUCUAUCUCUCUCUGCUCAAGAAGCUCGUUCGAGUCGAUGUCCUGCAGUACAUAUUGGUGCUCAUUGGAGAUUCCCUUAUCGACCAUGAAGAAAGGAUAGGACUGUAUACAGGGGCAGCACAUGAUGACCCUGAACUACCCUAUGGGCCACUUCUAAGAUCCUUGGACACCCCAGACGAAUUCGUGCAGUUGAAAGCCUGCCAAGUUCUAUCAAUUCUGUUUGGUUCCUCAGAAGAUAGCGCGGGGAUAAUGGACAUCAACACGUUCCUUAAUUUCAUUUCGUCCCUGAUUAAAGAUACAUCGAUCGCACGCCGAGACGUUGGCGUGCAGUGCCUUGAGGCUACUCUUCCCACUCCGGCAUUUCGAUUAGCAGUGUGGCAUGUUCCCAGUAUCAUGCAGAGCUUGGUGCAACUAUUGAAGUCGAAUAAGACUGCACAGAUGCAAUACCAAAUUACCUUUUGCAUUUGGUUACUUUCUUUUGAACCCAGCGUUGCUGCGGCGAUCAACAGGCAGUAUGACGUAAUUCCAAUCCUGACUGAAGUGGCACAGACUGCUGCAAAAGAGAAAGUCAUCCGCGUAGUCGUUGCCACCUUCAAGAAUCUGGUAGUGAAGGCCCCAGACGCGAACUUGCCUGCUAUGCUUGUCGCCAAGUUGCUUCCUUUUGUGCAGAAUUUGACGGGACGAAAGUUUUCCGAUGAGGAUAUCAAGGAAGAUGUGUUAUUCUUGAGGGAUGAACUAAAGGCUCAAUUUGAGAGUCUCACCACUUAUGAUGAGUAUGCCUCAGAACUUGUUUCUGGUCAUCUUGGCUGGACGCCUGUCCAUGAUUCCGACGAGUUCUGGAAGGAGAACGCAUGUAGACUGAACGAGAACGACAGUGAGCAGCUUAAGAGGCUGGUCGACCUAUUGAACACUUCGACGGAUCCUGUCAUGCUGGCGGUUGCUGCGCACGACAUUGGUAAAUACGUCAAGUAUUGUGAGCGAGGGAAAAAGAUUAUAACAGACCUGGGGGCGAAGACAAGGGUGAUGGAACUGAUGUCGCAUGAAGAUUCCGAGGUCCGAUACCAAGCACUCAUGUCGGUUCAGCUUCUUGUCAGCCACUCCUGGGCCUCUUGAUGUUUUCAGUCCUCCUUUUCUUAAUAAUGGACUAUGCACAUCAG